UCCAAUUCGAAACCAAAAAAUGGUCAAAAAGGUCACUUUUUAAUUUAUAGUUACAUUUAUUUUUCUCUGCCAUUCACUUCUGCAGAAUCAAAUCCAAUUGAACUCUUUCAGUUCUGCAAUUAUUUCUCUCUAAAAAUCCAUUCAUUUCUCUCCACUUGUCACUCCACCACUCUUCUUCUUCCUCUUCUUUUUCAAAAUUUUUCCCUUUUUGUCCCUGUCCCUGUCCCUGCUUCUUUUUUCACUCUGUGUUUCACAUGCACAUAGUAACAUAAAAACUCAAUCUGUAAUUCAUUUGUCAUCUUCAAGAUUGUAUUUAUUUUUCCUUUCAUUUUCUUCAGAAACCAAAAAAAUGGAGUUAGUUCCAUACACAGACCCAAAUUCAACCCAAGAAUCAACAAGCACCACACUUCCAUGGCAAGACAUGUUUAGAUCCGGUUCAUACAGAAAACCCACCACCACAAACCCACCAAAACCACCGCCCAAUUCCUCAAACAACAACCAAUCCGAUUCAUCAAACCAAAAACCCAAUUCAUCAAGCUCAAGUUCAAACGAAACGGAUCACAAAACACCCGCCACCUUAUCAGGCGACCCACAGGUAAGACUCGCAAUUUACAUAGCCAUGGCUCACGCUGGUCUAGCUUUUACAAUCUUCAUCCUGUAUUUCGCAUGUAAACUAUUGCAAGACUAUUUAAGGCCAAUUCAAUGGGCUGUUCUAUGUUCAAUUCCAUUGAGAGGUAUUCAAGAGACCCUUGUUGAUUUUUGGAAGGAGCCUCUAGCAUUAGGGCUUACUGAGACUGUUUUUGCUAUUCCUGUUGCUAUAUUUAAAGCUUUUGUGGGUACACUUGUUGAUAUUAAGGAGGUUUUUUUACGGGUUUUUCUUAAAAAAGCAAAAAGAAUUGGUCCUAGAAGGAAUCGAAGGCGAACCGGGUUUUCAAAGAUUGUUAGAUGGUUGGUUUCAUUUGGGGUUUUUGUGAUUGCUUAUGAGAAUAUUGGAGGUAUGGGAUCAUUAAUGAUUCUUGGAUUAGGGUUUAUGUGUGGUUCUAAAACUGUUGACUCUACUUUUUCUGCUAUGUCUUCUUUUAGGAGUAAUAGUUUUAGGCAUAGUAAACUUAGUGCUUUUUUUACUAGAGGGAUUUUGAAGAGAUUGGGUACUAUUGUUGCAAUCGGGUUGAUUUUCGCUAUGAUUGUUGGGUUUUUGGCUGGGACUAUCUUUUUCUCUUAUAAGAUUGGUGUUGAAGGGAAAGACGCGGUUAUUUCGUUGAAGUCGCAUGUCGAAGAGAAUAAUUAUGCCGAAAGGAUUGGCAUUAAGAAAUGGAUGGAAGAUAAUGAUGUUCCUGGUAUGGUAGAUAAGUAUACUACUACGGUCUAUGAUACGGUGUCUGAUCAGAUAGAUAGUUUGGCUAUGCAAUAUAAUAUGACUGAGCUUGUUACCGGGAUCAAGCAUUUUGUUAUUAGUACUCCGUCUAAUAUGUCUCGACAAUCAUCCGCUUUAAUGAGCCCUUCUCCGUACACGGAGAAGCUUGUGAGUUUACGAACAAAGAUGAGUAAUCGUCAGUGGCGAGAUAUAUAUACAGAAUUAGAUGCACUUCUUAGAGAAUUGAUAAUUACUCGUGAGGAUCUAGUUGAGAAGGCGAAAGGGUUUGCCGUUCGAGGAAUGGAUGUGUCACAACGGGUGUUUGCAAGUAGUGCCUCUGUGGUAGGCGGUGGUGCUAAGUUCAUGUUUUCUGUGGGAAACUCCAUCAUCUCUGGUGCAGCUGAGGUUUUUAACUUUGUAUCUCAGUCGAUGGUGUUCUUUUGGGUCUUGUAUUAUUUAAUCACAUCAGAAUCUGGUGGAGUAACGGAACAAGUGAUGCAAAUGUUUCCAAUUCCAAAGUCGGCUAGUACUAGAUGUGUUGAAGUUCUUGAUAAUGCUAUUUCUGGAGUACUUUUAGCUACUGCUGAGAUUGCAUUCUUUCAAGGAUGUCUUACAUGGCUCUUAUUCAGAGUGUACAAAAUACAUUUCUUGUAUGUAUCAACUAUUCUUGCAUUGAUCAGCCCGUUGUUUCCGAUCUUUCCGUCGUGGUUUGCAACCCUUCCAGCGACCUUGCAGUUAGCAAUGGAAAGUAGAUACAUUCUCGCUAUUAGCUUGUCCAUUAUUCAUGUUGUGCUUAUGGACUAUGGUGCUUCUGAAAUCAAAGAGGACAUACCGGGUUAUAGCGAAUAUCUUACGGCGCUCAGCAUUCUUGGUGGAAUGACACUCUUCCCAUCUGCAGUGGAGGGUGCAAUAAUGGGGCCAUUGAUAACCACUGUUAUGAUUGCACUUAAGGAUCUAUACGCCGAAUUUGUAUUGGAAGAACCGACGAAAAAUGAUUAGCGGAAUGAAAUCUGAAGAACAUUUCUGUGAGUGCAUAUUCCAUUCUUUUAUUUGCAAUUCGUGAAGUGAUAUAUAUUAGUUUGUUCAUUCUAUUCUAGUUGUUUUGGUUUCUUUCUGUUAUAGGAUAGAUUUUUACUUUGAAUUUGCUUCAUCUGGCACCAUAAAGAAAAGGAAAAUUUAAAUUCAAAUUGUAUAUUUAUCAUGUAUUCAUUGUUGUAAGAGCGUUGGAAAACCAUAUUGGAGUUGUAAUGUUAUGAAUAUGAGAAUUUUUAUUGUUGUGAGAUUAAUAA